CACACCAAUGACGAGAUUUUUAAAAUAUGUUUAACUGUAAAGUAUUUCCUCUGGGGUUAAGAUAUUAAACUAUGUUCAAACAAGAGUCUAAUAUAAAAUUAAGUAACGGUAAAUGUAUUUUUAAUUUGUCGUUGCUAGUUAUAACUGCCACCUACCGGAUGUUCGGGUGUAUUUAAUGGUUGCCACGUUGCCGUAGACAACAGUCUCACUAGAAGGAUGUAAUGUAGUUCACAUCCCGCACACAGUCGGCGGUGCAGGGCAGACUACUUGGAGCUGCCAAUAAAACACACACCUGCGCGUCAGGUUUGUAUUAGGUGGAGUCCUCCCUCUCCUCACCGCGGCUGGAAAAUGUUGACUGACAUGAUUUUGGAAGAAGAUUUUGACAGGCAUGGAGAGCUUUGGUACGAACCGCAGGACCUUGAACACGAUCUCCAUUUGGCAGCAGCGUUGGGAAAAACGCUCCUAGACCGGAACCAUGAGUUGGAGCAAGCCCUGCAGCAGAUGUACUCCACCAACCAGGAGCAGCUGCAGGAGAUCGAGUACCUAACCAAGCAGGUGGACCUGCUGCGCCAGGUGAAUGACCAGCAUGCCAGAGUGUACGAGCAGUUAGACACAGCCGCCAGAGAUCUGGAACAAGACAAUCGGAGACUCAUGCAGGACAACCGGCUGUCCCAGCAGAAGAUCCACAGUCUGACAGAGGCAGUCGAGGGACUACAGACCUACAUGGAGGACCUGCAGACUCAGGUGGAGGAUCUAAAGACGGCCAAGGCAGAGCGAAAGAAAAGAGAGGCAGCAGAGCAGAGACGCAUCCACGGAGCACAGAGCAUGUCCUGUAUCAAAGAGCUGUAUGACCUACACCAAGACAGGUACCUCACCCAAGACAGCAUUUGGACCGAUAGACUGUGGUCACAUCAUGGCUCCCUCCAUGACCGAGACAGACGCGAAGACCCAGAGGAGGAGAACACUGCUCUCCAGCGCUCCAUCCAGACCCUUCAGAGCCAGAUAGCUGCAGAGCGGAGCCGCAGGGAGGCUGCAGAGCGGGAGAGCGAGCUGAUGACAAGUGAGAACCAAGGUCUGGAGCAGCGGCUGAGCGUGCUGACCGGCUGUCGGGCCAAACAGAAGGAACUGGAGGCCGAAGUGGAGCAGCUAAGGCUUCUGUGGCGGGCUGACUGCGCCAACAGUGUCAGAAGACCGGAGCAGCUGCUGUUGCCCGACACAGUAUUCUUUGGCUCAGAAGAAAGACCCAGAUCGUGGCAGGAUGAGAUGGAUGAGAAGGCAGAGAAGGACGAGAAGCCGAGGAAACCAAACAGACAAAGAUGUAACAGCGAUGGUUCUUUUAGAGCAACCAACCCCGAGGAGAUUCGCCGUGGUCAUGAGCAGUUGUGUAUAAGGCGAGCAGAGGCGGUGAAACAGAGAGGCAUCUCUCUGCUCAAUGAGGUGGAUGCACAGUACAGCGCACUGCAGGUGAAAUAUGAUGAGCUGCUGCGAAGGUGUCAACAUACAACAGACGGCCUCAGCAAUAAAGCAGUCCAGACGUCCACCAGUCCCUUAGUGAGCAGCAAGACCCGCAGCCGCGUGUCAAGUUCUUCUACCCUGUGUGAAGUGACACUGGUUCUGGAGGAAGGCCAGCAGCCUGAGUACAGAGCUCUCUUCAACGAGAUUUUCACCUGCAUUAAGAAGACCAAAGAAGACCUCAGCGAGAACAGACGUCCGGUGAAGAACGGCAAGAGCCAGGGCAAUGCUAAAUAAUCAAACUAUUCCUCAUAUUGGGACUGUUUGUGUCUGCUCUGGUAUAGGAAGAGCUUUGGGGUUGCUCCUCUAGAGAAAAAUAGAUAGAAUGCAGACGUUACGAUCCGAUCCAAUCAGUCCCUGCACGUCCCAGACACGCUGCAAUCUGCCUUUUUUUUAAACCUUUUCCUUUGUUAGUGAACACUGUUGUUUUUAUAACAUCCUCCUCCUUUAAAAAAUUAAGUGUUAUACAACACCAUGCUUAAGCUGCAGCUAUAUUAAGUAAAGUGAGAAUGUAUUCCAAAGUUAAUGAAUAAACUUACACAAGUCUACAUGGAUGUUAAAAACUUGUUGUGUUACAAGGUAUUUAUUUCAGCCUAAAAUGUUCCUGCAGGUCCUCGGCUUGUAAAAAGUACAUUUCCGUGUAGCUUGAUCUCUAAAUCUUAAAGUGUUACUCCAACAGUGUUCAGUGUUUACGUAAUAUAAAUCCUGUAAACACUUGAUCUGAUAGGUGCUUUGAAAAGAAAUACACAUGUUGAAUUGUUUGUGUGGUGAUAAAAGUUGUUAUGUAUGACUUAUGUUGCUAAUGUUGGAAUGUUGUAAUAGGAUGAGAAACUGUGGCUAUGCAGCACCUAAAGAGUUUAUGGUAAUUAGCUUAACAGCUACUGUGAGUUGGUUUGUGUAAGUUGGAAAUAGUUGGGGGUUAUUGGCUUGUUAUCAGAAAGAAAUCAGGUGAAAACUGGAAAACUGUUCUUUAAAGUAUUUUGAUAAAUGUGAUUUUGUUCUUAUUCAGCUUCAGACAAGUCACUAUGCCAGAGGGACACAAAACCGCUCUGCACUUUUUAUGGAUGAAUCACACUUUCUGUUCUAUUUAUUGUUUUUAAAUAAGAGAAAAUUACAUUAUAUCUAUUUUCUUUGUUGUUUAAUAUUAAUAGCAUAUUUAGGUCAGCUGUGAAUGACUGGGAUUAAAGGUAAAUGUACACUGAGAAACUCAUUUCUGUGGUUGUGGAGUUGUAUGGCACAGGUGAUUGAAAAUAGAAAUGCAUUGUAAAAAAUGAAAAGCACAAAAUAAAUAUUCCAAUCUUUCAUGAA